AAUUCAAGUCUAUUUUUAAUUAUAGGUUAUAUCCCAAGCAUCAGGGGCUUUUACAAUCUAUGAAAAACUAUGAAACAAGCCCCUUUAACAGGGGAAAAAGGGAAGAAACAUCAGGACGAGCAACUGAGUAGGGAUACCUCUCCCAGGAUAGAUGUAAUUAAAUUAAACAAGCCAUAUGACAAUAACAUACAAAAUGUGAACAUAUAUGAAAAAGAUGGACGUAGGAGGAUUAGUCUUCCUAAUCAUUCUUUUGGAUCCAUCCGCCUGAAGGUGAAUUCAUACAAAGACAAAAUAUUGUCAUGCCUACUCAUAAAACUGCCAUAACAGCUGCUCAUCUACGGCCUGAGGUCUAGAACGCUUAUACUUCUACCUUAAUUACUUUUACUCCAAGUAUUUAGUUGUGUUGUAGAACUUCAUUGCUCCACUCAUACUGACACUCUCGCGAUACGCCGAGAAGUCUCGCGAUACUACCGGCAUCUCAUUCGAGACAAACUGGAGGGAUUUCUGUGAGUGUGCAGUGUGAGCAGCUAACACGCUAGCAGAGCAAAGAUCAUUUAUCUGCAGCUAACCUGCUCCUCUUCAUCAACAAGUCAGCUCUGAGUGACUGAAAAUGGAUUUAGAAGAUGACACCAGUGUGUUAACAACCUUGAAGUCCUUCAAUUCCUUCAUCAGCCGCACUGAACCUCCACAACGGCUGUCGGAGAGCUCUGCGGGGAAUGGAAACCUGCAGAGUCAGUACAAACGCAGCAUGGAGUUGUUUGAAGCGGCCGAGAGGGUUCACUCCAAGAAUCGCUACCUUCAGUUGGACGGGGAGAAGAAGCAGAUGGAGCUGAGUCACAAGCGAGCUCGAUUUGAACUGGAGAAGGCUGCUUCUGACAGCGCACGAGACUUUGAGCAUGAGGUUGACCGGAACCAGGAUCUCUUGGGGCGGAUAAAAAAGUUGGAGGACAGAGAGACUGAUGCAGCUAAGAAGCUAUCGGAGCAGGUGGAGGCAAAUCGUGCUCUCCGUAAGAACCUGGAGGGCCUGAACAGGAAACUGGAGGAACGGGAUACUAGACUGAACACUGCUAGCCAGACCAUCAUUACGUUGAAGGAUGAGAUCCGAGAGCUGAAGCAAAGGAUUCAAAACCAAGACUCGACAAUUUCUUCUCAAACCCUUGAAAACCAGGAAGUGCAGGAGCAGUUAGAUUUACAACGCAGGAAGUAUCAGGAAGUCUCUCAGCUUUGCCAAAAUCUCCAAGCUGCCCAGUCGUCCUGCUCAGAGCACAUCAUCAAGAUCAAGGAGUUGGAGAGGCGUCUCACCCUCCAGGAGCAAGACAUCGCCAUCGUGAAGACUGUGAAGUCAGAGGUGGCCAAAGUUCCAGACCUGGAAAAAGAUGUGAAGCGCCUCCGAGAAGAUAAUGCUUUUCUCAGGGAGAGCAGGGAGAACUGCAGCCUGUUGAAGGAGGAGGUGGAGGGGCUGAGGAGGAAGCUGGAGAGGAUGGAGAAAAAGAAAGAAGAGCUGGUCAACAUGGAACUGGAGAAGGAGAGGCUCGCGGAGAAGCUCAAAGCCUGGGAAAACCUCGGGCAAUCUACUGGACUCAACAUAAGGAAACCAGAGGAUCUUUCCAGGGAGGUGAUUCAGAUCCAGCAGAGAGAAAUUGCUCUGAAAGAGCAGAACUACACUCUCAACAGCCGUGUGAGGAGUGCAGAGCGUUUGCGGUCUGAGUUCCGUGAAGAGUCGUCCCAGCAGCGCGGCAAGACCCUGGAGGAGCAGAAGAAGAGGGAGAUGCAGGACAGUCUUGUGCGUCGACUGCAGAAGCGAGUGCUGUUAUUAACCAAGGAGCGCGAUGGAAUGCGUGCCAUACUGGAGUCCUAUGACAGCGAGCUGGCGCCUACAGAGUACUCUCCUCAACUCAGCAGACGACUCAGAGAGGCAGAGGACGUGCUACAGAAGACACAGAACCACAACGCAGAGAUGGAGGUCCAGUUGACCAAAGCACAGGACGAUACAGGGACUCUGAAACUGCAGCUGCAAACACUGGAGCUGGAGUCUCUCAAGAAGCACCAGGCCUCUGCUGCUGACAGCAACUCGUCAGUGACCAAAGAAGAAGUCGGCAUACUCAGACAGAAAAUUGAAGAUUUAGAGUCAGAGCGGCAGCGUCUGGAGGAACAGAACAACAUCCUGGAGAUGAGACUGGAGAGACACAACUUACAGGGCGACUAUGAUCCCGUCAAAACCCAAGUUCUCCACUUCAAGAUGAACCCUACCACUGUUGCCAAGCAACAGCGCCAGCAGGAUGUUGACGCUCUUCGGGAGGAAGUGACGUGUCUCAGGGACCUCGUGCGCUCUUUGCAGGAUGGAGGCGCUGCGGCCCAUUCAAAAGCCGACUCCAGUUUGCACGCCUCCGGCCUCGGCCUCAGUCUGCCGCCGUCAAAGGAGGUUCUGGAUUUACGUAAGCAGAUGGAGAGCUCCGAGCUCAGGAACCAGAGGCUGAAAGAGGUGUUUCAGAGGAAGAUUCAGGAGUUCCGCACCGUCUGCUACGUCCUGACCGGAUAUCAGAUAGACAUCACCACCGAGAACCAGUACAGGCUCGCCUCGGUCUAUGCAGAGCACAUGGACGACUCCCUGCUCUUCAAAAAGGGAUCCAAUGGGAGCAUGCAGCUCAUGGAGACGGAGUUCUCCAAAACUCUGGGAGAGAUGGUGGCCCUUCACCUGCAUCACCAGAAGAGCAUGCCAGCGUUCCUCUCUGCUGUGACCCUCGACCUCUUCAGCCGACAGACCACGAUCUGAAGUCACUGACGUCUCCGACACGGAGCCGGGACACCUCAGACUUUUAAUUUCCUGUGUUUUUUCUCUCUUGCUUUUUAUUUUCGGUCUCAUAUGAUAUUCACGGCGUGUUGUUCUCGACAGCUCUGACAUGAAUAGUGCAGUCAGUGUUGUGUGCAGGAUGAAUACCUUUUGAUUGAUGAAAUACUUCCAUCUUAUAUUCAAAAAGCUAAGAAAACAACUCGGUGUCCCUGUUUGUAUGCUGAAUAUUUCAUCAAAGAAACUUUGAGAAAUAUAUUUUCUUUUUAACAAGUUGUCAUAAAGUCCUGACACACGAGCUGCGGAUAUUUCUGAUUUGAAGCAUGUUUUUGUUGUUACAGUGGGAGUUUUGUUGUGUUCACACAGUGUGGAGAAACGUUUAUGUGGUUCUCUGGAUCUGCAGAAGAAGCAUUUUGCAUGUUCUUUACCAAGUCUUUGUUUAUUCUGCCUUUAUGCGUUCGCUCUCGUGGGGCCUCGUGGGAAAUGUUUUACCUUCCUUUUUCUACUAGAAGAAGCAUUAAGGGUGGAGAAACACACAUAAGAGUUAACCUCGUCUCUCGCCAUAUUCAAAUGUUGAGCGACCGUGAGAAAGCUCACCGCAUCAGAGAGCGUGGCGUUUGUAAGUUUGUCGCCUGGCUCUGUUGCCGCCCUGUUCCCGCUGUAAGCCCGUCUACUGUUCUCUUCAAGACCGCAACAAGACAUUUUUACAAUAUAAUGUUAAUUUAGUAUUUGAUUUAUGUUGCGUUCAAAUUCACUUGAAUAAAUGACGUGUUCGUGUUUUUACCUUAAAUAUUUUUUAUUUAUAACUUUUAUAAAAAUUUAAAUGGGCCUUAUCACGGAAUCUUUUUUUUUUGUUUAUCACACGGGUUUAUUCCAUGUGUUGCUUCCUCUCCACAGAUGCUUCAUACACAUUGUUACUUGACAUUGGUGCGUCAUGAGAAUGUAAAACACACCUGCAGAUAACCAGGAAAGCUUUAUUGUUAGAAGUGUACACAUGCAUUUACUGUUGUAACCUUUUAGAACACAGAAGUCUUUAGAUAUGAAUUAGAUUUUGAAUGAACUAUGAAAUUCCUCCUGUUAUGAAUCGAGUCAACGAUCGCAGCCCGUGCGUGUCGGCGUGAGUAAUAACACGAGGUACAUUUCUAGGCGGAGAGGAAGCCUUCCAAUAAAAGUGAGAAACAAAAGGAAGCGAGCUGAGAACAAAGCCACUUAUCACAGCAACAAUAUAAGAACUCCAGCUGGUGCGGCCAUAUGUCUCACGAGGAAACAUAUUCUGUACAGUACAUGCCACACACUGUCCUUGUUUUUCUUUUCCCACAACGCAGCACAUCUUGUGCACCCUGCAGCUCUGACCUAGAGGGGAUAUUUUAAAGGGUUUCAUAAAAGCAGUGCGAUACAUACAGCAAUGUAGCGUACAUCGUUCUCAGGCAGUGUGUCCUCAUCCAAAUCCUUUACUGUAUCCUGACUGUUUUCUAUUUGAAAUGUCAUCAAUAAAGCAUACGUGCGACUGAUUUAAAUAACG